UGCAGAAUAAUUAAUUGGAUUGCAAGUUACAUUGAAUUACUUAAUACCAACAUUAUUUCUGUUUGCAGUAGUUGUUCACAGCCAAGAUGCCUCGAUGUUUUACAACACUACAAGCCUCACUGCAGACAUAGAAACAUUUGUUUAUGUUUAUUGUAAGACAUUAAUAUCCACCUUAGUGGAGCUUUGCUCCAUGGACGUUGACAUAGAGUGGCAUCCUAUGACGCGCCUGGAGAUUCUGGAGCAAUUGGAAAAGCGUGCGUUAUUUAUACCAAAUGCGCCAAGAUUGCCGCUGGAGCAGCUGGAGCAGAUCUAUCGGGAUUUUCUAGUGCCGCAACCACGUCGAGAACGCCGACGCAUUCAAGCGACAGACGCUGAUCCGCCGCUGCAGCGGCCACUGCCCAGCUGCUCCAUUGAGCAGCUUAUGAAGCGCAUACAGGUGGUUUCUAUGGCGGGGGACAAGCGAUCAGCUGAAGUAUCGCAGCAGCUGCAGGCCAAAAGAAUGAAGUUAGAUGAGCAAAGAUGACGAGCGCGUAGAGCACUUC